AAUUGAACAUGAUUAUUCAAUUAAUAGUGAAACAAAGGAAAAAUAAUGAUAAUUUCCGUUAUAAAUAGGUGUUUCAGUCGUUAGUGAAUUACAAAUAAUAAGUGACAUAGACCCUAUAUAGUUAAAACAGAUAAAUUUACUACCCAGUUAACAACGUCAUAUCAUAAUAAAAACACUAUUGAAAUCCGAAAAAAAAUAUCCAUCCAUAAAAAAUUAUUAGUACACGAAAUUUGUCAUUAUUAAACAAUUGUAGUUAGCUUCAUUUUUUUUUUAAAUUUUGUGAAAUAACUAUGUUUUUCAGUAUAGCUAUUUUAAAGAUUAUUUUAAUGACAAUGUAUUUCAAUUAUCUGUUCGCAUACAGAACAACAACAAGCGACGAAGAAAUGAAGCAUUAUUCUCAAGAUGAACUCACAGCUAUAUGUCAAAUGGAAUCGGAAGUUGCAAGAAAUGCGUUUAGAGACGCGAGCGAUUAUCGUACAAAUGAUCCGUACAUUGAAGAUUUAAUUGACAUUUGGUUGAGAAAAUGCAUUCGUUCAAAAAGUAAUAAUCCAAGUAAUUAAUUAGUUGGUUGCUUUUUAAAAUGUUAAGGGAAUUUAUUUUAUCGGAUCAUACAGCUGAAUUUGAAUUGCAAAUAAAAAUUCAAAUAAUAUGUUCUAGUGACCUAUUUGUUUAAAAAUAAAUGCGCUCACCAACGAAGGCUGUCUACAUUUCUUUAAUUAUAUCAAUUUGAAAAAUGCCAUCUGAUUGUUACAAAGUAAUUCGUUGAAAAUUUAACAAUAGUAUGUAACUACAGGUACAGAUAUGCGUGUUUGUACUGCGUUUAAGGUUCAUGCAAAUUUAUAUACUUACUGUAGUUAUAAAAUAAUGAAAGGUAGAAAAUUACAUACUUCUGAAGAUUUGUCUGUACAGUGAGGAAGGUUAGAUCCUUAAGGUGCUUAAUUUUCGAGAAGGCAAAGUGCACAAGUUGUUAUCCUGCAUCUGAGAUACUGACAGCCUUAACUAUGAUUUAUUGUAAACGAAUUCAAUGUUCUGUUAGGUAUUAAAAUCCUGUCCUUAAAGCGCGAAACUAUCAGAGAGAUUAAUUCAGUAACGUUCCAAUUAUUUUUAUAAUCCCCAUCGUCAUUACAAUCAAUGAAUGCACUAUGCUGUUUUUAACGUACGGUAAAUUCACGCCGUCAAAAUAAUUGAAAGUAACACGAUUUUUGUAGACUAUCACAC